UGUUUGCGUGGCGAGAGAUCUGAAGUCCCUUUUGCACAAGCGCUCUAGGAUUUUGCAUGGAACUAAAAUCCUGAUUUUUUGAGUUCAUUUUGAUUCACAUCGGCUGUGCUGCCCUGCACUGAUUUCAAGCAGCCUCCAACUUCCACUUUGCACAAUUUUUCUCCUUUCAUUGCUCUUGAUCCCAUGCUCCGAGUAAUCUCUGUGUCGCUCCUGUAGCACCUCACAAGAAGUCUCAUGACCAGCGCGCACAUGCACACAAGUUGUGACUCUGCCACCUGCAGUUUACUUUUGUUCUGGUAAGGGCUUGCGAAUCGCGGAGAGAGACUCUUGGAAGUGACUCUUGUACAUUUCGCCUGCGCGUGUCAAGUUUCUUUCUCUGUGAGAGUGGAGGAGAGAAUGGAAGGUGCAGGUGCUACCAUCGUCAGUGACGCUGCUGAACAUGCCACACGGGGAAUGGACUCCGUAGACGAGGAACCAGAGACUUCAAACGUGCGCGAGACAGAAGAGGAACCAGAGACGCCUGACGUGAGCGAGACAGACGAGGAACCAGAGUCGCCUGACUUGAGCGAGACAGACGAGGAACCGAAGCUUCCCUACGCUGUCCAGGCCCUUAUAUGGUGUCUAGAAGGCAAAGGCCAACCUGUAACGAGGUUUCCCGAUUUUAGCAGUUCUGAAUUUCGGAAGUUCUUUCCGAGGCGUGAAUUGAUUUCGACGAUGACAGGGUGGCGAAGCCAAGUGCGCCUUCGAGUGCUAGAGGCAAUCGGCGACUGCAACAUCUUUGAAGAUCUCGAUAUUUCUGGCGGAGGUAUAUGGAGGUUGACGGCAAGCGAGAGGGAGAUAAUUUUCAGAAGAUUCAUGUCUCGCACCAUUCAACGAAUCUACGUUGGUGGUAACAAGUGGAGUUCAGAUGAGGAAGUGGAGAGUUUGUGUUUACAGUUGGGGGGAAUUCUGAAUUGCUCUAGCGUAAGAGAAUUGACGAUAUUCAAUUGCAGAUUGAGUGCCAGAUGUUGGUUGAAUCUCGCCUCAGGACUAAGUGGAAAUUGCGAAUCUAAACUCGAGAGUUUAGAUUUAGAAGAAGCGUGGGAGGACUCGAGUGCGGUGAAGCAUGUGGCUGACAUGAUCAACAGUGCUCCUCUAUUACAAACGUUGCGGCUUGGCGGCAGUUCGAAAAUGGAUGAUGAGGCCGUUGGAAUGCUGUCCCAGGCUUUGAUCCAGAGCUCCUCUUUGGAAGGAUUGUUGUUGACGAAGGUGGAUUGGGGAGCGGCCUUGUUGCUGAAAGCUUUGGCCGGAGACGAUCGCAACCGAUCAAUUGAAAGUCUUGAGCUAAAGAAAAUGGCUGGACUCGGAGACUGUUUAAGGGAAGUUCUUACUUCCAACCCAUCAUUGAAGCAAGUGUAUCUGAACAACUUGAGGAUGCGUCCUGAGGACUGGCACCAGCUAGGCAAAGUCCUACGUGACAAUGCUAUAGCAGAAUGCAUUGGGGUAACGUUUACGUUACACGAACACGAUGAAGAUUGGUGGAAAUCAAUAGAAGCUCUUGCGUGUGCUGCUAGCUCUGAUGUCAACGACCCCACAGUGUCUCUAAGUCUCAAAACUAAGAAUGACCAUGAUCGCGUGUUGUCACUAAACCUAUUAGGUAGGGUACUGCGCGGGGAAAUCAAGUCUCUAAAAGACUUCAACAUAUGGAAUGUAUCAAGCAACGAAUUUGGAUGUGAAAGUAUCCUGUGGACGAAUGGAAGCAGAGAAGAGACUUUAGUCCUGGAGACGCUGAGAUUGGAAAAUGUCACCAAAGCUGAAUUGAUGUACGUGCUUCGGUGCUUGCGAGGGAACACAAGUCUCACUUCCUUGGGUUUGUGUUGGAGGGUUAGUUUUCCAAGAGAAUUCCAAGUAAUGGAACUCGACGAUGAGGCGUUUAGGUGCCUGAUGGGGCUCCUGCAAGUAAAUUUGAUUAUCCAGGAAAUAUAUGUAUAUGGCACCUCAUGGGAGAAGGACGGAAAGGCGGCGCAGAUUCAAGAGGCGCUCCUGCAGAACCAGAAGCGGGCUGUCUAUAUGUCUGUUUUCAGAGAAGCCAAAUUAGCAUUUGGAGAUGCAAAAGCUGGUCGACUUUUCUUAUGCGGCUCUCCUCUAGCAGGCAAGACUAAAGUGCGUCAAACCCUGAUGAGGAUAGUUGAAGGCAAAAGUUGGAUUGGCAACAAAGUGAAGGAGUUGAGGAGAACAAAGGGAAUUGAAGUGGAGUGGUUGCAAAACGAUGACAAAACUCAAAUCUCAAUUUGGGAUCUUGCGGGACAAGGCAUUUUCCGUACCCUUCAAACUGUGCUCUUUCCUCAAUCCAGCAAUUUUUGUAUAUUCCUAUUUGUGUAUAGUCCCUUUUGUGAAGAAAUUGAUGUUUCUUCACAGAAAAAGAAACCAGAUUCUUGUUUCCAGACUGAGUUGGAGGCUUGGUUAAGUUUCAUCACAUCCACCUCUAGGGUCACGGGACAUAAUCGUCCACAAGUUCUUGUUGUGAUUACACACAAGGAUAAAGUUAGAUACAACUCUUUGAAGUGGGCUCAGAGCAUAGUAGAGACACUGACCAAAAGAUUCACAAAUUUUGUGGAUCUCCACCAAGAGUGUUUUUAUCUUGAUUCACGGAAGAAGAAGGAAGUUAUUCCUCUCAAGAACCAUAUUUUUGAGAUCUUCAAAAUUUUGUUGAGUGAAAAGUCUCCACGUGUUCCCAAAUUGUGUUCUCGCCUCUCCUCCCUCUUGGUUACAAACACCAAGAACAACAGAAAGUCCCCUCUUUGGCUAUUCAAAACCUUUCAAAACUUUUGUGCUUCCGAAUUGACAGAUUUCAUUCCAUCUUCUUCAGCUCACGCCGAUGAUCAUUCAAAGAUAAUGAGUGCAAUCAUAUCAUAUUUGAAUGACGUCGGAUCCAUUGUUUAUAUCCCCAACUUUGAUUAUAUCAUUGUAGAUCCAAACUGGCUUACUAAUACAUUAUUGGGUGAGCUGGUAACUCUAGGUCAAAAUUUUCAAACUCAUAAGUCCAUGUCCUUUGAGAAAACAAUGUCCCAUUACUCCUACGCAAGCAACGACGGAUUUGUGAGUGAGAGUGACUUUGAUCGGUUGAUAGAGGAGUUUCGGCGAAAGCAACCACAUGGUGUGAACAGACAGGUGCUUGAAGACAUCCUUAUCAAUUUGGAUUUGUGUUUCAAGGUUGAAGAUCCUUCUCAAUAUUUCAUUCCCUCCUUCAUACCUGAGCUUGCAAGCACAGAAGAACAGAAUUCUGAGAAAUUGGCUUGGAAAACAGCGGAUAAGAAUUCAAAGUAUGUCGGCAUCAGGAUUCAAUGCCAAGAUGGAACAACAAUGUCAUUCACCGCUGCUUUUUUCCCAUGCUUCCAGAUGUUCAUGAGACGCAAGUUGAUAUCUGAGAAGCAUUUUGUCAAGGAGAAUAUGACCUUUUCUCGACAUUAUCUACGACUUUUGUUUGAUGGGUACGAGAUCUACAUCGAGCAAGGAAAGUCCUACAAGUACGUGGAUGUUCUGAUGUUAGGCUCGAAGCAUAAAUCAAGGUCGGAGUCUCUGCAAUACAUGAGGAAGUAUAUCAUCGACGAGUUGAUAUCAUUCUGCGCAUCAUCCAAAGGUUGUCCCGGGGUGGCGUUAGUGAUGGGUGUGAUCCAAACACGUUGUGUGGAGAUGUUGAUUCCGAGUGAUCUCAGAGGAGCCAUUCUGAUCGAGGAUCUCAAAUCAGACUACAUACGUCGCAUCAAUGACAAACUUGAGGAUAUAGCGUCGGAUAGGUUGCGUUUGGUGAAGGAGGAACAGUUGUUCAACUAUGAGCACUUUUGGCCCUCGAUUAAAGGGUACACACCGGAAAUAUUUGAAAUAGCUAGAGAUUUGUUGUCGGAGAGCGAUGUAGAAGCGGUUGUAAAUGAGAUCCAACAGAAGCGCAUCCAACAACUGGAAUCAUUUCGGAAAGCAUUAUAUAGCGUGAGCAAAGAUUUGAAUCAACCUUACACUCAAAGUGGGAACAGGGUUGGCAACUCGAGUUAUUCAGACCGACUUGACAGGUCUAAGUCCGAUAAGCAGGAUGAGAGGUUGAGAUCAAAGGAGAGCAUGUUCCAACAGAUACUCACUGUCCAACAAAAUGUUCAGUCAACUUUGAGCUUUUUCAUGUCUGAAGUGGACAGGUUCAUUCAGUAUUCUCAUUCGCAUCAGCAGGCCAAAACUCCCAAGCGACCUUAUGUCACGACGGAUGUUGGCGUAUUUUAUAGGAUGAAAGGAGCUCUGAAUGCCGGGACAAUCGUUCGCUUGCACUUCAUGUGUGAGUAUGAGUAUGGCUCUAAGAUUCACAUGGUCAAAGAUCAAAAAGGUUUGAUUAUACACGUGGAUAGGGAGAAUUGCAAGUGGAUUCGGAACACUAUUGAAAUUUCAUGCAAAAUCAUGUACUAUGCUUUGAAGGCUGGAUUGGAUAAGACACUCAAUUUGGGCCAAGCGAUUCCAGACUGGGAAGAUUUCAAAUCUGAUAUUGUUAAACUAGAUUUUAGCAAUCGUGAUCGUAGGGCACUUCUCAAAGGUGGGGAAAGCAGGGAGCUCAAUGAAGCAUGGCUUAGGAUUCAGCAGACUCUUGCUCCUAUUAACUAUUCGGAAAUCUUCAAGUUGUACCAGGUGAAAUACGCGAGACAAGAAUUAGGUGGGCAUGCAUGGGUGUGCGAGGAGUGCAUGGAUAAAGGUCGUAGUUUUGGCAUUUUGACAGAUUAGGAAUUUGAAGAGGUUAGAAUAUCAUUAUGCAGAUGACAAAUAUAUGUUUAGAUCCUCAUGCAAAUGAACCUCUGCGAAAUCUUCCUUGCAGUUUUCACUUGUAUAAGUCUUUUAU